CGGCUCUCGCGGUCCGUCAUGCUCUGCGCCACUGGCCGCCUCCUAGCGGCCCGGGAGGCCACCGCACUCCCCGCCCACCCAAGAGGCCGGGGCCCCACGGCCCGCUGCCGGUGUAAGGAACUACAUUUCCCAGGGCACCCCGAGGUGCCCCUUUGUGGCUUCUUGGCAGGGCGGCUCGCAAGACUUAGUGUGCCUACGGGCCGGAGGGCGAUCCUGAGGAGGGGAAGGAUGCUGCAGGCGGUGGGCGCAAGCCUGGCAGGAUCCGAGCUGCGUCCCCGGAGGGGCCGCUGUGGAUCCCAGGCUGCUAGGGCCGGGAGCCGGGACGUAGCCGCCGAGACUGCAGCGCGGAGUCCCAAACGGCCUGUGUGGGGCUCGCGGCAAUUCGAGGCAGCCGGCCGGUGGGCCCUGCUGGCCCUGGUGACGCUGCUGUCCUUCGCCACCCGCUUCCACCGUCUGGACGAGCCGCAGCACGUCUGUUGGGAUGAGACUCACUUUGGAAAAAUGGGAAGUUACUAUAUCAACCGCACUUUUUUCUUUGAUGUGCACCCGCCUCUGGGAAAGAUGCUGAUAGGUCUUGCUGGCUACCUGAGUGGAUAUGAUGGUACCUUUUUAUUCCAGAAGCCUGGGGACAAAUAUGAGCAUCACAACUACAUGGGAAUGAGAGGAUUCUGUGCGUUCCUCGGUUCCUUGCUGAUCCCCUUUGCCUACCUCACAGUGCUGGAGCUGUCCAGGUCGCUGCCAGCAGCACUGCUCGCUGCCGCCCUCCUCACCUUUGACACAGGAUGCCUCACUCUGUCCCAGUACAUCCUGCUUGACCCCAUCUUGCUGUUCUUCAUCAUGGCUGCCAUGCUGAGCAUGGUCAAGUACAACUCCUGUGCUGACAGGCCUUUCUCUGCCCCCUGGUGGUUCUGGCUCAGCCUGACAGGCAUUAAUCUGGCUGGUGCUUUAGGGGUCAAGUUUGUUGGCCUCUUUAUCAUCCUGCAAGUGGGGUGGAACACCAUUUCAGACCUUUGGCACCUGUUUGGAGACCUCAGUCUUUCAUUGGUGACUGUGGGGAAACACCUGAUUGCUCGCGUCCUGUGCCUCAUCGUGCUGCCGCUGGCUCUGUACACGGCCACUUAUGCUGUCCACUUCACGGUGCUGAGCAAAAGUGGUCCUGGCGACGGCUUCUUCAGUUCCGCCUUUCAGGCCCGGCUUUCAGGAAACAACCUUCAUAACGCUUCCAUCCCUGAGCACCUGGCCUACGGCUCUGUGAUCACCAUGAAGAACCUGCGCAUGGCCAUCGGCUACCUCCACUCCCACAGGCACCUCUACCCCGAGGGCAUUGGUGCCCGCCAGCAGCAGGUCACCACCUAUUUGCACAAGGACUACAACAACCUGUGGAUCAUCAAGAAACACGAUACAAAUGCAGAUCCUCUAGACCCUUCAUUCCCAGUGGAGUUUGUAAGACAUGGAGACAUCAUUAGACUAGAACAUAAAGAGACUUCACGGAACUUGCAUAGUCACUACCACGAGGCACCCCUGACCCGGAAGCACUAUCAGGUCACUGGCUACGGCAUAAAUGGAACAGGGGACUCAAAUGAUUUCUGGCGGAUUGAGGUUGUAAAUAGAAAAUUUGGAAACCGGAUCAAAGUGCUGAGAAGUCGAAUUCGCUUCAUUCAUCUGGUCACAGGUUGUGUCCUGGGCUCAUCGGGAAAGGUUCUGCCUAAGUGGGGCUGGGAGCAGUUGGAAGUGACCUGCACUCCAUACCUAAAGGAAACCCUCAACUCUGUCUGGAAUGUAGAGGACCACAUCAAUCCCAAAUUGCCAAACAUCAGCCUGGACGUGCUGCAGCCCAGUUUUCCUGAGAUCUUGCUGGAGUCGCACAUGGUGAUGAUCCGGGGGAACAAUGGCCUCAAACCCAAGGACAAUGAAUUCACUUCCAAACCCUGGCACUGGCCUAUCAACUAUCAGGGCCUGCGCUUCUCGGGGAUCAACGACACGGACUUCCGCGUGUACCUGCUUGGCAACCCGGUGGUUUGGUGGCUGAAUCUGUUGAGCAUUGCCCUCUACAUCCUCUCAGGGAGCGUCAUUGCUGUAGCUGCGCACAGAGGGGCGCGUCUGUCUGCAGAGGUUGAAGGGCUGUCCCAGGUCCUGCUGCGAGGAGGCGGGCAGCUGCUGCUCGGCUGGGUGCUCCAUUUCUUCCCGUUCUUCCUGAUGGGCCGGGUCCUCUACUUCCACCAUUACUUCCCAGCCAUGCUCUUCUCCAGCAUGUUGACAGGCGUUCUGUGGGACACGCUGCUGCGGCUCUGUGCCUGGAGCCUGGCUUCCUCCUCUCUGGCCAGCGGCAUUCAUAUGGCGGGAGUCCUGAGCCUGCUCCUGGGCACUGCCUACAGCUUCUACCUCUUCCACCCUCUCGCAUACGGGAUGGUUGGUCCCCUAGCCCAGGACCCCCGAAGUCCGAUGGCAGGACUAAGGUGGCUGGAAUCAUGGGACUUUUGAAGCCACUGCAAGGACUCCAGCCUCAGUCCAGGAACUUUCUGGGGACCACCAGCUGUGGAGGUAGUCCCUGGACCCUUCCAGCUGUGGAGGAAGCUGCCCAAGGCGCCUGCCAGGACCAAGCUCUGGGAGCAUAUCCAGACUCGAACAACACUGGAGAGAGCCACGCUCUGUCUGCAGAGAUUCCACCGCUGACGGUGGCUCAGCCACAGAGGACAACAUCUGUCAGGCCCAUUUCCCCAAGUGUGCAACAUGCGAAGCGUGAGUGUGUGAGAGAGCGGGUGGGAGUGCCGAGUGUGAGGGUACUUUGUCCGUGUGCCUGUGGAACAGACUGACUGUGAACAGUGGCGUGGCGGCAUAAACUCGAAGAAAUAGUCCAGGGCUACAGUAGUACUUUCUGGUAUUUCUUUCACACUGGAUUGGGUCCGUAAGUAAGUCUCAGCAACAAUUCUCUGACCUCCCAGCGGGCUGAGAGCGCUGGCCCCACCUUGGGACAUCUCCACGGGAAGGCCAGGUGGGACUGGCGGAGCUGUGCUGCCCAGCUUCGCACAAACCAGCAAUUACAGCAGGGCGCCCCGUGGCUGCUGCUGGGAAGUCUCCGUGUGGCCGCAGGUGGCUGGGCUUCCUGCCUGCCGUGUGCACACAGUGCGGCAGCCGAGGACUCGCCAGCCCUUGGUUGGCCCCCCUCGGUCCUCGGUCUCUUGCUCUCUGAGAAUGUCACACGAUGAGACUGGUGGGAGGAAUGGCAUCCUGUCUGGCUGUUCUGUGUUCCCAGGCCGUGGGUGCCAGGGGUGGUUUCUUGCUGCCCUCUGCAUCCAGCCUGGCUGUAAGGACAGAUGUAUUCUCCUCAUGGCCUCUGGGCCCCUUGCUUAGCAGCCGAGGUAGAUGUGCGGCAGAGCAGGGGUCUUUGUGGUGCUGGGCUGGGGUCCUAGUGUGAGCUGAUGUUCUGUCACUUGUUAAGUGCUCCCCAGUUUUACUUCUCUAGUCCACCCCUGCUGACUCCGCCUUUCACUCCAUUUCAUUUCCCUUUCUCUGUGUCACUGUUUUUCACCAAUCUUUUUCCCCAAAGUCCCAGAGCUUCUAGAAAUGAAGGAAAGCUUCUACUUUGUAUUACUUUGAAGCCCAAGCAAGAAGCUCAGAGCUGAUUCUUUCACUUCCUCCCCAAAUGUAAUGGAUUAAGAGAAGCUUUGGUCACAACCCAACCAACCCAAGGCCAGCCCUUCAGCCUGCCUCCCUCAUCCAAGCCCGUGGCAGAAUAGUUAUAUUGUCACAGAGCACUGUGAUGAUUCCAGGUUAAUGAUGAAUCUCUGCCACACUCCAUCUUCCGUCCUCUGACAGGGUCACAGCUCUUUAGAGCAUCUUUGGGAGGCAGUUGCCACGGAGACUGGAAAUUGGUCCCAGGGACAGGCUGUGCUACCUACUGGGUGGUGCGGAGGCCAUGCUUGGAUGUUCAGACCAACCAUCAUUAAUGUUAAUAGAGGAAAUACAGCGACAUCAAAAGCAAGGCAGGUUUGUUAAUUAGAUCUGGGGCCUGAUGCCCUCCCGCUCCCAGGGCCGCAGCCCUUCUGACUUCCCCCAGCAGGAAGCGUGGCCUGAGUGCUGAGUCUGGGCUGCUUGCUUAAUUGCUUUUCUGGAAAGGAAGGAGAACGGGUGGAGAACCUCUGCUCAGCCCUUUCACCCCACCACCGACCUCCCCUCCUCCCUGCAGAGUGGUUUCUUCUGAGCUGGAUGGGGGCAGCCCUCUGGGUGCACUGUCCUGGAGGUAGAACACAGGGAUCUGUGCUUGGCUUUCAGCAAAGAACAGUGGCCCACGAUGACAAUCGGGGUGGCUGAUGUUCCCUUGUGCCUUACGUUUCCUAAUAGGAACUCACUGGAAGGGAGGAACUGAAGGAGAGUUCCUUCAGAGGGGCAGCCACUCUGAGUGCGGGUGACGAGGGAGAAAUCUCAGGCAGCUUCUGGUCCAUAUCUCCCUGCUGUUUUGGCCACAGUGGGGACAAAAGUUUCCUCUGUCUCUUCCAUUGCUUGCCAAGCAUGGGAGAAGGAGAAUUGUCUGUCCACUCACUCUUCUUCCUCCUUUCCCAGACUGGCAGGUCCUUCUCUGGGGACAGGGCUGCAUGGGCUGAUGCUCAGGUUCUAUCGUUGGAAGGGCUGGGAAGCGGGGCUGUCACAGUGGUGCUUUCAGUGUGGGACCGGCACCCAGGAAUUGGCAGACUUGUGAUGUGCCCCACAGCCUUGCUGGUAGAGGAAGAAGACAUGGGGUAGUCAGCCCACCCUCCAGCUGGCUGCUUGAGCCACAUUAAAAAAAAAAAAAAAAAAGUUUCCACAGAUAAUCAGAGGCCAUUUAGUUUUGUAAUAAAUAGCUCUUAUUUUGAAUGCCAUGUUGUUCCUAUUGUACUUAAUUGAAUCUGACUUGCCCUCUGGCUCCCCGAAAGAGAAGAAGAAUGUUUUGAGUGCGAGAACCAUCUAUCGUGUCUCAUGUCUGAGGCUGUUCCGAUUGUA